GGAGCGGUGAGGGAGAUAAGAAGAGUCAAGCUGAUUUGAGUUCUUCAGAAUUCUUAUGGCGAUUUCGAAAGGUAGAUUGAAAGCUUGGUUCGAUAAGAAGAUCAGUGAACCACUUGUCCAGAUCUUGCGCAGAGGUGCUGAGCCAAAGCAGCUGGCUUUUUCUGCGGCAUUGGGUAUUACCAUGGGAGUAUUUCCAAUCUGCGGUGUUACCGUGUUGCUAUGUGGAGUGGCUAUUGCGUCGCUUGGAUCUCUUUGUCAUGCUCCAACUGUGAUGUUGGCUAACUUCAUUGCUACUCCAAUAGAACUAAGUCUUGUUGUGCCUUUCUUACGACUUGGCGAAAAAAUAACCGGUGGACCUCAUUUUCCUUUAACAUCUGAUGCUCUAAAGAAGGUUUUCACAGGCCAAGCUUCCCGAGAUGUUUUUAUAAGCAUUGGAAAUGCGCUACUAGGAUGGCUCAUAGCGGCUCCAUUUGUGAUCGUUGCACUAUACAUCAUUAAUUCAAACCCAGAAAGUUAUUCAGCUGCAACGAACUCGCCGGAGAUUAAACUUUAUCAAGCAUUUAUCUUUUCUGUUCCAAUUUGCUUCACAUUUAUUAUUCUCUUCUUGUUUUACUUGAUCUACUUCCGUCGUAGUAGCUCUGAUUUGUCUUCUCUCGGAAUGCGAACUACUUUCAUCCCCGGAAACUCUCUCUCCACGAUUGAAUUAGGAUUGAGCAAAGAGCUGAGAGAGAUGCUUCCCAUUGUUGUCUUUAGAGAGAGCUUCACCGUAAUGGAUUCACAAUGUUCAGUGUGCCUUGGGGACUAUCAAGCAAAUGACAAGCUUCAACAGAUCCCGGUAUGUAAACACACUUUUCACAUGGACUGCAUUGAUCUUUGGCUCACAUCACAUACCACUUGCCCUCUUUGCCGUCUCGCACUUAUCCCAAGCCGAUCCCAUCAAAGCCAAGAGGAUCCUGUUCCGAGUCUUGUGAGCCUUGAUGGAGAAGUGUCGAGUCAACUGGAAUCUGAGCCAGUAAACCACAGUGGAGUGUCGAGUCAACCGGAAUCUGAGCCAGUAAACCACAGAGGAGUGUCAAGUCAACCAGAAUCUCAGCCAGUAAACCACAUAAACGAUGGCCAAGAGCAGCAAUGUGAUCAAGAUGGAGAGGGCUUUAAGGAAAUGCAAGAGGAUGAACAAAACAGCAUCGGGACUUCGAAUGCUUGUUGUAGUUGUAGACCUGGUUAAGAUUAACCGCUUUUGUUCAGCCAUAUUCCUGUAAAGGUUGUCGCUUUCUUGCGUUUGUAACUUGUAACAUUAGUGCAUUUUCUAGGAGUGAAAAUGAGAGAUUGGUCAAUAGAAGAAACAAACACUUUGGAAGGCAAAUAUGUGGAUGUUUGUGAUCGAACCGAAACUUUUGAGAAAUUACCAAAUUUUCUUUAAGAAAGUCCUCUUCUCAGA